AUGGGCUUUACAGGCCUGGUGCAUUGGCGCAAUGCUCCAACAACUGGCCUUGAUCUCGUUAGGCAGAAUAUCAUUCGCAAUCAUGCUGGUGUCGAUCAAGGUAGAUGGCACCUUGCUAUUCGCUCCUUUCGAACUGCUUCAGGGCCAAUGCAUGGCUUUCAGGCCGAUCGUUCUAUGUGUGUUAUCACCUUGAACGACAAUGUCUCCUUCGUCUCGCUCGAAGAUCCCGCUGCUCCUACGAUCUCUGAUGUAGUGACCCUAACGCAGAUGCAGGCUUCCAUGAAUCAUACGGAUUCAGCGGGCUCUCCUUCUGGUUCCAGUCAUGCCAAACAUCCACAACCUAUCGAGCCUCCACACUAUAGAACAACUCUCGUUACCGUCAGUCCCUCUGGUGCACUCGAGACGCUUCUUACACAAUUAGGUGCUCGUUGGACAUCAACUCGUCAACCAAGCACCAGUCAAAGAAACCAAGCGAUUAGCACGGGAAAUCAAGUGAUCAUUGAUGGGAGCAUUUUCAGUAUUGGGACUGACUGGCUUGUACGAGUGGGUAACGUUCAUCUUACUGGUGGGGCUGUGAAGGGGAUGUUACUUGAGGCUGAAUAUCUGCCUCUACCAAAGCUUCAAUCAACCUCGCAGGAUGGCACAUCAGAACUUCUUUCAAAUCUUCUUGUUUCAAUCAUACCCGAGGUGCUCAACUCAACAGCUGUUGCUGUCGCUAUGCACGACUCUCUAUGGGAAGAAACACAGUGGAACUGUAACGAGCCAGAAGCAAACGGAACAAAGAAUUUCAAUGCCGGUACGGACCGGGAAGUCGAUGAAGAUGAAGAUGUCUUUGUAUACGGUGAUGAGGACAAUUCAUCCGCGAAGCAGAAAGGCGACUGGAUAGGCAAUGAUAGGGAUCGCCGUUCCGCUUUUCUGGUCAUAGGAUCUCUUAGAACCGAAGGAAUACUCUAG